AUGACGACUAUAUGCCGAUAUUGCAAUGCGGUAAAGUUCAAAAGAGAAACGGUUGGAUUGUGCUGCGCAAGUGGAAAAGUCAAACUGGAUCCAUUACUUACACCACCACAGCCACUGAAAACAUUGUUUGAUGGAAGUGAUCCCGAUUCCAGCCAUUUUCUUCAACACAUCCUUGAAUACAAUAACUACUUUCCCAUGACUUCCUUUGGAGCUAAUAUCAUUCGAGAAGGCGGCUUCAUGCCGACUUGCAAGAUACAAGGUCAAAUAUAUCAUUUGCAUGGUUCAAUGGUGCCAACACCAGAUGAACCGCAUCAAUUUCUGCAAAUAUAUUUCAUUUCGUCGAUGGUGGAUCAGCUGAACGUGCGGUGCAAUAUACAGGGAGCACAACAGUUAAAGAGACGAAUUAUUGAACAGUUGCAAGCAUUUUUUCACGCUAAUAAUGCUGUGGUUAAUAUGUUCAAAACAGCAUUGGAACGAAUGCCAUCGGAUACGCACAAAUUUGUCAUAAGAGCGGAUUGUACUCCAACAGGUGAACAUGUGCGAAGAUUCAAUGCACCCACCGUUAAUGAUGUUGCUGCAAUUAUUGUUGGCGAUCCAACUAAAUCACGAGACAUUGUCGUUCAGCGAAGAAGCAAUAUCAUGCAUCGUGUAAACGAGACACAUCGUUUGUAA